AUGGCUACGGUAGAGGCUUGCGUUAUCACUUCAAUUUUCUUCAAACAUCCGUACACAACCAUAUAUAAGCGAUGCAAAACAAAGUAUACAAAUCACAAAGGCGAAGAGAGUCAAACUAAGCGGCUGAAAAUGAAAUCUGUUGUGAUAUUCGUGUCUCUUAUGAUAUUGGCCAUUCACGUUGAAUCGGCCCGUCAUCGUAAUGCGCCCAAAGCGCACGAUAUAAGUAAUGACGCAGCUACGGACCCAAGUGAAAUGACUGAUGAUGGUUCAUCGUGGCCUCACCCGGACACCAUCCACAAUUUUGAAGUGCCGAGCUCUUUUGCGAAUGACUUGGGACCGAAUAACAAUGCUGAACAAACUGACCAGCCAUCUUCUGGAAAACAUCACCGUCGUAACAAGGCAAGCAAACAU